CCUCCUGUCGCCCCGUUCGGCUGAGAUUAUAGACUCUCUUCGGCUACAGCGCAGUGUUUCUGUGAAGCAUGGAGUACGCUAAAACAUUACUUCCUUCAUCUUUAAUGAGGCCUGUGUCGUCGAUGGCGUGUCUUGCCCAGCGGAUGCUUCCUCCUCCCCAGGCCCGUCCGUACAGGGUGUGCUCGCAGAACCGGCGCAGGAGGACAGGCUUCACGAGCACCUCUCUCGGAGACCUCCGGCAGCAGGUGGCCAGUUCCUUCGUGAUGGCGUGUCAGAUGCUCACACUGGUGCUGGAGGAUGAUGGGACAGUGGUCGACUCCGAGGCUUUUUUCCAGUCUCUGCCGAAUAACACUCCAUUCAUGGUCCUGGAGAAAGGAGAAGUCUGGACUUCUAGCAAACGGGUACAGCAGUGGCACAUAUUAAUCAUUUUAAUGAACAAAAUCUGUUAUUGGUUAACUGUAAGUCCAUUGACAAAAAGUGUCAUUUUCACUGGAAACUAUUAUAAAAAUUGUUUUGGGAAGUAUUACAAAACAGUGCAAAAUCAGCCUUACUGUAUAUUCAACAAGACACAAAUUUUACACUAAAAUAUUAUAAUAUAUAUUUUUUCAUACAAA